GUCAUCUCUUCUGAUCUGAAACACCAUCAUCACAUCUACCGAGCUCCCAGCAUGGCUAACACAGACUCUGUCAAUGUUCGGGUCCUCUCUCUGAACUGCUGGGGAAUCCGGUACCUCAGCAAACACUGUCUUCAGCGCUAUGCCAUGAUUGGAGACAUGUUGUGCAAGGAAGAGCACGAUAUUGUCUUACUGCAAGAGGUGUGGAGUGAGAAAGAUUACCUCUCAUUGAAAAAGAAACUUGCCUGCAGUCAUCCUCACUCUCAUUACUUCAAAAGCGGAGUCAUAGGCAGCGGACUGGCCCUUUUCUCCAAACACAGAAUCCAUGAUACAUUUCUUUUUCGCUACUCACUGAACGGUUAUCCAUACAUGGCUCACCAUGGAGACUGGUUUGGAGGUAAAGCUGUCGGGAUGGCCGUCUUAAACAUUGGCAACUUGACUGCUAACGUCUACGUGACUCAUCUGCAUGCAGAGUACUGCAGAGACAAGGACUCUUAUCUACCUCACAGAGUGGUUCAGGCCUGGGAGCUGACGCAGUUCAUUCGCCACACAUCAGCUGGAGCAGAUGUGGUGAUCCUAGGUGGUGACCUCAACAUGCACCCUCAGGACCUCGGCAACAGACUACUGAGGUCUUACACUGGACUCCAAGACUCUUAUUUAGAGACCACUAAAUUUGAU